AUGUGCCAUUUUAUGGUACAAGAAGGCAUCGUGUUGGGCCAUAGAGUGUCAAGCAGUGGCAUUGACGUUGAUAAGCCGAAGGUGGAGGAAGUUGAAAAAUUAGCUCCACCCAUUUCUGUGAAGGGUGUCUGGAGUUUCUUGGGAUAUGCGGGCCUGCUUGAAGACAUUCGAAGAUCUCAGAAAAAGCUGGUGGCUGCCCCCAUUAUUGCGGCAAUAGAUUGGUCCUUACCAUUUGAACUUAUGUGCGAUGCAAGUGAUCAUGCUAUUGGGGCAGUGCUAGGCCAAAUGAAGGACAAGAUGAUUUACUCCAUAUACUAUGCGAGUAAGACUCUUGAUGAUGUACAGCUGAAUUACACCACCACUGAAAAGGAGUUGUUGGCCAUUGUGUGGGACUUUAAGAAAUUUCUGGCAUACUUGGUGGGAACAAAAUGUGCUAAUCAGUUGAAGAGGAGAUGCAUUCCAGAAAAGAAUGUGGAAUUAGUGUUGUAUGAUUGUCAUGCAUCACCUUAUGGGGGCCAUCAUGCAGGCGAUAGGAAAGCUUCAAAGGUAGAAGCAAUCAAAUUGCAAACAAAUGAUGCCAAGGUGGUAGCUGCUUUUGUGAAGAAGAACAUAUUCUCGAUGUUUGGGACUUCAUGCGCUUUGAUUAGUGAUGAAGGGACACAUUUCUGUAUUUGGUUGCUGAAUAACCUUUUAGCUAAAUAUGGGGUCCGCCAUAGGGUUGCCACAUCAUAUCAUCUGCAAACAAGUGGACAAGUCGAGGUGUCCAACAGAGAAAUAAAUCAAAUAUUAGAGAAGACAAUGAAUGCGAAUAGGAAGGAUUGGGCUGCAAAGUUAGAUGAUGCCUUGUGGUCAUAUAGAACUACAUACAAAACACCAAUUGGGGAAUCGCCGUAUAAGCUUAUUUAUGGGAAGGCAUGUUACUUGCCUGUCGAACUUGAACACAAGGCGUACUGGCCAUUAAAAAGUUGA